UUUGACAGUUUGUUUCUUGCUUUUGGAAAGGAAGGUUGGUAGCACCGGUUAAAAUCGUAAUCAAAACUAAAUACUCGGGACGGAACAAAAACAAAUAGCAGUGCUCGCUCGCAGUGGUGAUAAAUUUGUUGUAGUAAGCAAAUAGCAAAGCAGCGGCGCACAAAAGUGUGAAACAAAGAGAGAGAGAGAGAGCGAGCGAGAAGUAGAAGGAAGAAAGAAGAGGCAACAGCAACACUUCACAACAACAGUUUGCAUUGCUUUUGGGGAAUCGUUGGUGCUCCCGCAGUGGCGCUACCGACUGUUCGUCUUCUCAUCUACAGUUCAUUCAAUGGUGUGUGUGUGUACGAUAUAUUAACAUAUAUUUGUUGUUGCAUUGAUGUAGUCGUUCCGUCGCACCACACACUUUGUGCACAAAUUGAUUACCACUAGAACGCCUCUUUAGGAAACUGAAGAUGGAGAAGCUUUAUUAAGCACAGCGUAUGGAGCGUAGCUGACGAGCAGAAGAAGACAUAAUAACGCGGUUUUUAAUUCCCGAAGUCGAUGCCGAUGUAAUUCAACAAGUGCAUUAUUUUUUUUAGACAAAUAAAAAAAUAAUAUUUAGAAAAACUAAACUAAUCAGCAAAAAUAUAACUAUAAAAGGAACGCACCGUCAAAAAUCAAGAAGUGUAUUAACACGAUAACUCUGCAGACGCUAUGACCAUUAUACUAUUUUUGGUCGACACAUCCGCGUCGAUGUGUCAAAAAGCAUACGUGAAUGGUGUACAAAAAUCAUAUCUGGAUAUAGCGAAGGGCGCUGUAGAGACAUUCCUGAAAUAUCGCCAACGAACACAGGAUUGCCUAGGUGAUCGCUAUAUGCUGUUAACUUUCGAAGAACCACCCGCUAAUGUAAAGGCCGGUUGGAAAGAGAAUCAUGCAACAUUCAUGAACGAGCUGAAAAAUCUGCAAAGCAAUGGACUCACCUCAAUGGGUGAAUCAUUAAAGAAUGCCUUCGAUUUAUUAAAUCUGAAUCGCAUGCAAUCCGGAAUCGACACAUACGGUCAGGGACGGUGUCCCUUUUACUUGGAGCCGUCUGUAAUCAUUGUGAUCACCGAUGGUGGACGGUAUUCGUACCGUAAUGGUGUACACCAAGAUAUCAUACUGCCGUUAAAUACACAAAUACCAGGAACAAAUUUCACAAAAGAACCAUUUCGUUGGGAUCAACGACUAUUUUCGUUAGUUCUACGUAUGCCUGGCAAUAAAGUGGAUGAACGAGCUGAGGGCAAAGUACCGCACGAUGAUUCGCCCAUAGAACGUAUGUGUGUGGUGACAGGAGGACGUUCGUAUCGUGUGCGUUCGCAUUAUGUUCUAAAUCAAUGUAUAGAGAGUUUGGUGCAGAAAGUGCAACCGGGAGUCGUCUUACAAUUUGAACCAAUGCUACCGAAAGACGGCGUGCCAAAUGAAGCGCUUCAAGACAUAAUAUUUCAACCAAUGAAGAAAAUGAUCUAUGUGCAAAAACAUAUAUCACAAAAGACCUUCCCAAUUGGAUACUGGCCCUUGCCGGAACCAUAUUGGCCCGACCCGAAGGCGGUUACUUUGCCGCCCCGCGAUGCACACCCCAAAUUGAAAGUAGUCACACCCGCAGUUGACGAACCGCAAAUGGUGCGUAGUUUUCCUGUUGACAAGUACGAAAUCGAAGGCAGUCCGCUGACCUUGCAGAUAUUGCAAAAACGCGAAAUGAACAAAUGUUGGCAAGUGAUCAUAUCGAACGGAAUGCAUGGUUUUGAUUUACCAUUUGGUUAUUUGAAGGCCUCGCAGAAUUUAACACAAGUACAUCUGUAUGUAUUGGCGUAUAACUAUCCGGCGUUAUUGCCGCUGCUGCACGACCUUAUACACAAGUAUAAUAUGAGUCCGCCCAACGAUCUCAUGUAUAAGUUUAACGCUUAUGUGCGCUCAAUACCGCCAUACUACUGCCCGUUUUUGCGAAAAGCGUUACUAAACAUCAAUGUACCGUAUCAGCUGCUCCAAUUUCUAUUGCCGGAAAAUGUCGACAAUUAUCUGUCUCCGAACAUCGCCAAUCAGUUGAAGCAUAUCAAAAACACCGCAAAGCAAGACCAAGAAAAUCUCUGUAUGAAGGUGUAUAAACAGCUGAAACAACCGAAACCGCCGUAUCGACAAAUCGAAACAGCAAAAUUAAAUCCCGGCGUACCGUUAAGACGCGAUCUGGUACGUCAUCCAUUGUUGAGAGAGACCUUUUCUAAAUUACACGCCGAGAUUGAACCACUUGAGAACUACACCAUUGUUGUGCCACAGCUAACGCGUCAAUCGUCGGCGAAGUCAUACCGCAAUCCAUUCGAUAUACCACGCCGCGAUUUGAUGGAAGAAAUAGCGCGCAUGCGCGAAACUGUGCUACGACCCACACCUACCAGUUUGGUGGCGAAAGAUUCCGGACACUGCCUACCCAUUGCCGAAAUGGGUAACUAUCAGGAAUACUUGAAGAAUAAGGAUAAUCCUUUGCGUGAAAUCGAACCGACGAACGUGAGACAACACAUGUUUGGCAAUCCAUACAAAAAGGAUAAGCAUAUGGUUAUGGUGGACGAAGCAGAUCUCAGUGAUGUGGCGCCAAUGAAAUCAAAUAAUGGUGCCGGUGGUGCGCCACUACCGGGUGCGCCAGGUGGCAUUGUGCCAAAGAAAAUCGAUGCAUCACGUGCACGCAAGCGCAAAGCCGGUCCCAUACGCAAGGACUACAUAUUUCGACGUACUUCCACGGACGUGCGACCUAGCACACCAAGUUUGAAUGUAACAUCUGCAAAUGCUUCAAGCUCCUCGGUUUCUUCAAUGUCCGAUUUUGAUGAUGACAGCGCUUCAGAGACCGGGUCCAUAUCAUCGAAUAUGUCCGAUGACGGUGAUCCGGAUAGACUUGUUGUUGCGUUUGAUUUCAACGAAGACGAACCUGGUGAACCGCUAAUUAAUGGUUAUGUACGUAAUUUCAUCAACGGUAUUAGCGACGAAAGUAGCUGUGAUUCCGAUAUGAGUGGGCCCAGCACAACGCCGAUCAAUUCGACGGCUGGUAUUAGCAUGACGGUUGGUGGCACAUUGCCACUGCCACCUGUGGUACAGAUGCCGGGCAAUAACAAUGUAUUAACACCCAUGUCGCCGCCAGGUUCCCCACAACCCUAUAUAAAUAAUUUUGGUCAAUCGAUUAUGACACCUGUGGAUGUGGCGCCUGCUGCUGUUAGCUCUAUAGUAGCGCCAAACGUGUUGACAAAUACCAACGCAACGAUAGCGCCUAACGUUUUCGCUGCACCACUUCAAAUCAACGGUAACGCUUUGCUUAGUAUUCCUACAACCACGCCUGCACUGGGAGCGCCAGUAUCCGUUGCAACCCCAGCGACAGUCACACUUAACACCCAAGCACCUGCCUAUCAACACAACGAUAUUAACGAUGCUCAAGAAAUUUCGCGCAUAUUACAACAAUGCCACAAUGGCAAUACUGGCAUAUCGAAUACUGCUGCCGCGCCGAAUCCCGACACUGCAGCCAUUGCAGUUGCGCAAGUCAAAAUGGAAACAGCAGAGUCUGUGCUAAUGCCACCACCAUCAGCCGCAGUGGCGAAUUCCCUCUCAACUGUGACACUUUCAACCAAUUUCGAUACGUUGAAACGCGAGUCAAUGACCAAUAAUGUGGGUAUAGCCAAUUCCAAUCAUGUGACCAAUCAUAAUCAACACAACAGCGUUAACAGUAUAACAAGUAGCAAUAAUAUCGGUAACGGCGCUAGUCAACGUAACUCAAUUGUGGUGUCGGGUCCACCGCCACUCACAGAUGAACAACGCGAUGCCGCACGUAAACAUAACCUAGAAAUACGAACACAAGUUUUUCGCGAUAUACGACGUCCAGGUCGUAAUUAUACACAAUUGUUAGAACAUCUCAAUUUAAUUAAGGGCGAUUUUGAAAUGAAAUCUAAUUUUAUAAAAAUGUGCAUCAGCGAAUCGUUGCGUUUCCGACGAAAACAAAUGAUUGACAGCAUACAGGAGUGGUGGGACAAGAAACAGCAACAAUUACAAACCACAACAACAACGGCGGCAAGUUAACAAUUACUAUUAUGGAGUAUCAAUUGAGCUAGUGAGCCAUAUACAGGCAAACCCGUCAACGGCGAUAGUUUUCGUUAAAAAAAGAGAGAAAUACCCUAAGAUCAUCAUAGACCACCGAGCCACACAGGCUGAUCUUAUCAAAUGCAAAAUUAUAAGCCCAAAAUGUGUACAAGUUGUUGUAUGUGACAUGCCGAUUGCUAAUCAAAUUACACUUAAGGGUGCGUUGUAUAAAUGUACGUGUGUGUGUAUGCGGGCGAGUGGGUGCUCAUUUUCGUUAAAGAAAACGGGUACUAAAUGUGGUUCUUCACAAAAAAAAAAAACAAAUAUUAACAAAAACGUAAUGUGGGCGUGGGUGAGUUGGAGUGAAGAAUCCCUGUACAUGCAUGCUGUUAUCAUAGUGUACGUGUGCGUGUGUGCUUUGCCACUCGAAUUAACAGCAGGCAACGUGCUAGGUGUGCUUUUAUAUGUGCAGAAAUGGUUUCAAACACAUUAGGAGUUACAUAGGCGCAUAUGCAUAGUGUAAUGCUAUCAAUACGAGUAGGUCCACAGAGUUUCAAUGGUCUGCUAAUAACCGUUUAGAGCGCAUUUUGCAAACUGGCGUGGACUUUAGCGCCUUACGAACGUUUGCAAACAGGUUUCUUAUAUUUAUAUACGAUUUGAUUUAUAAUUAUUAUUUUUUUUAAAUUUAAAAUUAAUUUUUCGGUCAUUAAGGGACUCAUUUUGUAAUUAAAAUUGUAGCAAAUGUUAAUAUUUUUUUUUACUCAUUAUAGUAAACUCAAUCAUUUAAGUAAUAUUAUUAAAUUUAGAUAUCGCGCUUAAAAUUAAAAAUUUGUUUCAUUUACACACCUAAUUGGCAAUAUUUUUGUAGCUCUUCUUUAAAUAAAAAAAAAGAUUAAAAUCUCAAAGAAAAAUAAUUUUAGUUUAUUAGCGAAUUUUUCAAAAAUGCCCAAACCCAUUUUUUAAUAUUUAACUUGUUAAAAAAAUGGUUUCUGUGGAACCUACGAUAAUUUAUAGUAUUGAUUACAUAUCAGCUAAUAAGAGCAUAACUUUUGUAAAAUCUGCACAAGUGAUAGCCUUGCCUGCUUGUUUUAGUUCAUAGCGCGUUUCAGCAUAAAAUUUGUGUGACAAAUUGUUUAAAAUUUUUGCAAAAAUAUAAUUUUUGCUCAAGCUUAAACAACUCGCAACAAAUUUUUAGGAUUCCCGAUUACGCACCAGUGGCCGUUACUUUAACACUUAGUCCUUUUAAUUUGUUUUUGUUGAUUUUGGUUUCAAUAAUUUCCGUCGUUUAUCUUUAGAAGAUAUAAGAGAAUAGACUGAUAACUUUAUAGUUGAAUGACCACGCCCACAAGCCCAAAUCUUGGUGUUAUGGUAUGUACAUAGGUUUGUACAUAAACUGGACUUGUCAGCUGGGUACUUGUGCUCCGUUAUCAACCACUUAAAGACACACGUGAUUGCGCUGCUUUAGUAGAUUAAAAUUAAAGUAAUUAUUUUGCUUUGUUCAAAACACAAAAAAUUCCUUUAUUUUCAGAAAAACAAAAACAAAAAAAAAACAAAAAAAAAUAUAUUAAGUUUAAUUAACGAAAAUGUAGAACGAGAGGGAGCGCGCUAGGCCUUUCCUCACACCCAAGCGAGAAACCACUUACAUUUUCAUGUAAUUUUAUUCUAGUUUAACUUGUUUCAGUAAUCUUAUAAUUUAGUAAAUAGAAAUAAAACUUGCAUAUGUACAUAUGUAUAUGCAUAGGUAUGUAAAUAAAAUAUUUACAGAUAUAAACAGAAAAAAUUGAGUGACUAGGGUGACUCUAGCGUAUGCAGAAAUUUACGAAAAAAAUAAAUUCAACUCAAAUCAGCUGGAUGUAUUCGCAAGUACAUCUGUUUUCUUCUUUGCGUUAAUUUCAACAACAACAACAAAAAUUAUAUAAAAAUAUUAGCAAAUAAAUAAUUUUCAGUGUUUUCAUUUU